AUGCAAGAAGUGGAACUACGUAUACCUUCUGUGCAGCCGCACGUUGAGCUCGUUGGUAUUCUGCAUCGCAAACAGGCUGACACCGCCAGGUCGGCUCAAUCUCCAUCUCAAUCUCAAUCUCAAGCUCAAGCUCAACCUCAACCUCGACGCAUUGUGCUCAUCCUACACGGCUUGCUUGCACACAAGAACCAGUGCUACCACCGUGCACUUGCACAGGCGCUGCCUGUAGAUUCGUAUCGAUUCGAUUUCCGUGGCAAUGCCGAUUCCAAGGGCGAUUGGACCAUGGGCAGUCUCGACAAUGACCUAGCUGACCUCUCAAGCGUCAUUCGACAUUUGCACCGCACACACGGCUACACGGUGGAUAUGAUCGUAGCACAUUCACGUGGAUCCAUGGUGUCCUGGAUCUACCUCAGCAGAUCCGAGCAGGAGCUGCAACGCGACGGUGGAGUCGCAUAUGUGCCCAACCUCGUAGUUGCCUCGGGGCGAUGGACUAUGCAAAACGUGCUCACCACCUAUGCACGAUUCCAACACGAUUUCGAUAAGCACGGCUUCUAUCGAUGGCAGAUCACAAGCGCAGGCGAAAAGAAAGAGUACAUCGUCUGGCCCAACGAUCUGCAACAAAUGGCGCAGCUCAAGACGCCCGUUGAGUACGUCGCGAGCCUGAGUCCGCACACCCACGUGCUCAUCCUACACGGUACGGCGGAUCGAAUCGUCGAUCAGCACGAUGCACACUGCUACUUGGACGCGCUCAAUGCGAAUCCGAAACGGAGCAAGCACUCGCAUCGAUUGCAGCUCGUGCAAGGCGCAGAUCACAUGUAUAGGCGUUGCACGCAGCCCGUUGUCCACCACAUCUGUGCGUGGUAUGCCGAGCAUGGUGCGAGCAACAGCAGCUUAAACCCACAUACAUCGAGCUCGCCAUCCAGGCUGUGA